AUGCAAGAAAAUCUUAAAGAACUUCAAUCAGAUGAGACAUAUACGCCACUUUUCAAUGUUGUACCACAUACAACUGCAUUUUUAAAUAAGAAAAAACAAGAUUCAACUAAAUUUGUCGACGGAUUACGCCAAGCUCUUAGCGCUGAUUGGUCAAAUCCAACUUGGACAUCAUGGAAUAAAAUUGAUACGCUCUUUCGUCCAUUCAAACAGCAAUUUGUAUAUGCUGUUAUGAGAUUUAAUUGUACUUGA